AUGAUUAAAGCUAAAGAUGAAGCAGAAGAUAAGAACGACAUUAACAAGACUAAAAUGUUGAAUGACAAAAAUCUUGUCGGUGCACUGAUUGAUCUCUUUGCAGCUGGUAUUAUAACUACAACUACUACACUUGAAUGGUACUUUCUGUAUAUGAUUGUACACCCCAAUAUACAACAGAAGGUACAUGAUGAACUUGAUAGGGUUAUCGGUCGAGACAGAUAUCCCACAUUACAAGAUCGAGAUAAACUUCCCUACCUUCAGGCUACUAUUUUAGAAACCCUUCGUGCUAGUAGUGUAUCUCCAUUAGCGGCACCACAUGAAACAAUUGCAGAUAUAAAGCUAAACAAUUACACUCUUCCAUCUAAAACGACUGUUUGGAUUAAUACGUGGUCUGUACACCACGAUGAGAAAUUAUGGCCCAAUCCUAAUGAGUUUUCCCCUGAGCGCCACUUGAAUAACGACGGAACAAUCAAAGCGUCAUCACCUAAUUUAAUGCCAUUUUCUUGCGGUACUCGUGCAUGCAUUGGAGAAACACUAGCUAAGUUUAAUCUUUACAUUAUCAUCUCACAUCUUAUGCAGCAUUGCACAUUUAGAAAAGUGGAUAAUCAACAAUUGGAUUUAUCGACAGGAAGUAGUUUUGUAAUGCCAUGCAAGGAAUAUCAGAUGACUGCAACUCCAAGGAUAUCGUGA